UAUUUUUAAUGCUUUUAUCCGUGUUGAUAGUGACGACGUAUUAUUAUUUCUUUGGAGUCUUUUGUUUUGACGGCGACGUGACCAGGAAGUGCUUCACUUACACUGCCAACACCACACUCGAGCUGUUAGCAAUCGGUGUUGUUGCUUUUUUAUACUGCGGUGAAGGUAUCAAACUAUAUGAGUUUACCACGUGAACAAUUUAGAGAUAAUGUGCUAUUUAGCACAGACUUAGUUCAGAGAAAAGGAUUAUGACCAACUUUACCAGAUGUGUUGAUUUGCGUGUUUAUUCGGGUGCUGAUCGUGAUGGUUUUAGCAGUUGCUUAGCGUGACGUGUUGUGUGAUUGAAGUUAAGCAACAUCAUUCAGAUUAUCGAUCAGGUCAAUGUUCCAAAAGGCCGAAACCUCUUUCAUAUAAGAUAUUUGGUGGAACUCCGAUUUUGCGCUUAUGAAGGGGAUAGAUACAAAUGUACUGCGCUCUAGCUAACAGUUAACUGGCUAAUACGUUACAACCCACGUAAGAAGGAACUGUUGACAUAAAAUAUUGACGGGGUUUGUUGCUAAACGUUUUGAAGUGGCCCAAAGCUGUAGGAUCUGUAGUGGUUUAGCAGCUCUGACUGGUGAUCGGGUGAAAUGGAUGACUUCAGCUCCAUCAGUCUUCUGUCUCUGGCCAUGCUGGUUGGCUGUUAUGUGGCUGGAACCAUUCCCCUUGCUGUCAACUUCUCUGAGGAGAAGCUCAAGUUGGUGACUGUUUUGGGAGCAGGACUAUUAUGUGGCACUGCAUUAGCUGUCAUUAUUCCAGAAGGAGUUCAUGCACUGUAUGAGGAAAUGCUUGAAGGUGGGCACCAUCAUGGCCCCGGUAAGGUGGAGGCGGAGGUGUCUGAUCCAAAGGUUGCGGAAGGAGUCGUAGGACCCAGUGGUGAACAUGGCCAUGGUCACGAUCAGCUACACGCAUAUAUUGGCGUCUCUCUUGUGCUGGGCUUUGUCUUUAUGUUGUUGGUGGAUCAGAUUGGCAGUUCGCAUAUGCACAGCAGUAGCGGUGAUGAUCCAGAGGCAGCAAGGGCUGCUAGCUCUAAGGUCACGACCACGCUUGGUUUGGUCGUCCAUGCUGCAGCCGAUGGCGUUGCACUUGGAGCUGCUGCAUCCACGUCUCAGACAAGCGUUCAGCUCAUUGUGUUUGUGGCCAUUAUGUUACAUAAGGCCCCUGCUGCAUUUGGACUCGUCUCUUUCCUCAUGCAUGCAGGCUUAGAAAGGAACCGAAUCCGGAAGCAUCUGUUAGUUUUUGCUCUGGCAGCUCCUGUGUUGGCUAUGCUUACAUAUGUAGGACUCAGUCAGAGCAGUAAAGAGGCACUGUCAGAUGUGAACGCUACUGGUGUGGCCAUGCUGUUCUCUGCCGGCACCUUCCUGUACGUGGCUACGGUGCACGUCCUCCCGGAGGUGGGAGGAAUGGGCGGCCACAGCCACUCGCCUGGAGGAAAUGGUGGGAAAGGACUGAACAAAGUGGAGGUCGUUGCUCUAGUUCUAGGCUGUCUGAUACCUCUAGUGCUCUCCAUUGGCCACCAGCACUAGUGUUCUUAAAGCAGCUUCGAAGUUAAAAACAUACCUGAAAGAGUGGGAUUGAACAGCAUUGGCCAAACAUGAACCUCAUAAACCGGUUUGAAUUAUGUCUCUGUCAGUGUGUUCGAGUUGACAACUGAAUUGAAUAUUAAGCAUUUGAGUCAGGGGCAGGAGUUGGGAUGCAUCUAUUGACUCCCAGAACUGGUUGCACUGGUCCCCUCGCAAAGCACUGUGUGCUGACCUCUUCAAAUAAAUCAUGAAUUGUGUGUCCAACUCUAUUUUUUCUCUUUAGUGGUGCUGGUCUUAGAAAUGUAAAGGAUAUGUAUAGGGUUGUCAUCUAGGCAUUAUAUUUGAUGUUCUUUCAUUUUUAUUUGGAAAAUGUACAUUCAUCUUUUAAUACAAGAACUAAUACCUGAGUUGCCAUUUGCAGUAAUGAAAAGGUCAACGUUUUAUACUUUCCAAAUAUGGUAAUGACAUUUGCCCUGCAAGACUGUAAAUAACUGCUCCACCUGUACAUUUAUUGCACAUAUCUUCUGUGUUGAUUUGUCUUAUUAAAACAAUGAUCAAAUUACAAGCUGUUAAACACCACACAACUAUUGUUAAUCUUACAAAGAGAUUAUUUUCUUUUUUCAAUAUUUUCUUUGCCUGUUCUAUGAUUUUUUUCAAAUGAGACAUUGACAGAAUAACAUUUUCUUGCUACGAAAUAUGCUUUUAUAUUGCUGGUCUUAAAUGUGGACACUGAAUGAUUGUUUUUCCACAACUUUUUACUACCAUAAUUGUUAAUGGGUUACUCAUGGAGGUGUAUUGAUAAAUAUUGGACAAACGUGACAUCUAUUUUUGGUGGAAGAAACUUUGAUAUUGAAAUCUUUGAAAGGACUUUUAUUUUGUUGUCAUUUCUUCUGAGGGACCACUGAAGGAUCAACUUUUCCAGGAGUUUAAACGGUUGCUUUUGACUGUCCUUUUUCAAAACUUAAAAUGUUAUUGUCCAAAGUCUGAUCUGGGUUGAGAGUUAAGUGCAUGCACAGUAUUUUAUUUGACUUAUGCCAUUACUGAAACCUGAUUGGUUGAGUUAUCUUUGAAAACGAUCUCAUUGGUCUGUCAGAUGUUUUGUACUGUGAUGCCUGCUCACAUCAGAGCCUGUGUACUGUAAAUAUGUAUUCUCUGUAUAAAUGAAAAACAAAUUCUUAAGACAAAAAUGAAAGCUCCUCAACAAUC